AUGGGCACGACUAAAAGUCGUAAAUCUAGGCGGAAUAACUCAAGACCAGCUGCCUUCACCUUUUUAUCUAAUAUCUCACUCGGAAAUGAAAGUGAAAAACCACCUGAUGAGCCGUCUAUACGAAAGUUAUCGUUUUAUGCCAACAAUACUACACCAACAACAGAAGAUAUUCAUUAUGUUAAUGAAACUUCUUUUGGAGCUGCUUCUUUGCAUUCAACAGAUAGUAGUUUUUCAGGAGAAGAUGAAAGCGCCUUACCUUCUGAUACUCAAGACCGAACUUAUACAGCCGUUACUCAACCCAUUAUGACACCUAAAGGAAAACAGCAGCCUAAGCGCUCACCUUCGGAUCAUAGCAGUAAUCUAACUUUAGACAGUACCAGCAGUGGUGAGAUUCAUCACCAUAAACUGACGAGAGAGGACAGCGAAAGACCGAUUGCUUCUGAAAAAAUAAAGAAAAAGACCAACAAAGAUCACACAGCAGGAAGCAUGUCAUUUAUGUCUGUAUUCCGUUAUUAUACGGAUAAGCUUCGUCAAUCGACAAGUAAAAAGAAGACCGAGAUGUCUGCCAACAAGGGCUAUGUCCAACAACAGUUGGAAAGUUAUGAUUCUUACCGACAUCGAAAAGCUCAAUCUUAUGCUCACUUCCUUACUCCAGCUGGUUCUUUACUUGAGGAAGACAGUGUGAAUAACGAGACAGCAUAUGACCCAUUCUUCCUUGAUGAUGAUAGCUAUGGACAAUACGGCCUUGAUCCAGGCUCUUUGGGAUCUUUGGCUAACGGUAUGAGACCAUCAGAUAUGAAGAGAGAAAUGAACGAACAGUUUAGACUAAAUCAUCCAGAGAUACCUGUUGAGCUUACACUAAGUAAGAUUAGGGCCAUUAAACUUCAUUUAUUAGAAAUUGGAAAACAACUGGACUUGGAAAUAUCUAGUGUGGCACAUGCUUAUGUUUACUUUGAAAAGCUUGUUAUCAAGAAUGUGGUGACGAAAAAGAACCGUAAAUUGAUUGCCGCUUGUUGUUUAUUUUUAGCAACCAAGGUGAAUGAAGCAAAAGGCACAUGGUUCAAGCCAUUGUUAGAAGCUAUGGAUGAUGAACUGAAUGUUGACUCAAAAGAAAUUCACGAGCAUGAAUUCGCCGUAUUUGCAGAUCUUGAGUUUAAUCUAUACGUGCCUAAAAGAGAAUUUAUGCCGCACUUUGAGAGAAUAUUUAGUCAUUUGGAACAUAAAAGCAUACAAGAGUACCUUGGCAAUUCGAACUUCUAUAACGGUUGUCAAGUUUAUUAA